AUGUUAAUAACCAUCAUAGUAGGCAUUUUGCUCUUAGUUGUUAUUUAUUUUCAAUAUUAUCACCUUACAACCCAAAAGAAGACAGGAAUUUUGUGGUUUGUAAACGAUCUGAUAGGUUCCCCCUCAUUCUUCCUUUUCUUUCUCUUACUACUAGUAUAUAAUGUGGACGUGGCUUGGGCAAAUAGCGCAGGGGUCCCUUAUGACCCCGUGAGUGCGAGGGAGUGGCUCGAACAAACCCGGAUCAAUGCUAAUCAGUUAGCACUAGAGGGGCCGCCAGCGCCCGUUUUUGUUCCGGAAAUUCCUGAAUUGGCGCAUUCCUUAAUUCACGACGAGCUGAGACGAGCGCAACUUUAUAAUAGGCUCGCUCCGCAUUCGGUUCGUAAAUCAGUUUUCCCUAUCAACUAUCGUUGA